AUGUUUAAAUCCAUCUUUCUCCAGACUGUCCUGGCCCUAAGCACCCUUACCUCAGUCCACGGUGCCAAUUCCUCCGGCUGCGGCAAACAGCCCACUCUUGCCAAUGGAGUCCAGAGAAUCAACGACCGCGAGUACAUCAUCAAGAUUCCUGACAACUAUAAUGCCAACAAACCGCAUCAUCUCAUCUUCGGUCUCCACUGGCGUGGUGGAAACAUGAACUCCGUGGUGAAUGGCGAAGGCGUCGAGCCGUGGUACGGCCUCGAAACUCGAGCACAGGGCAGCGCAAUCUUGGUAGCUCCGAACGGCAGGAACGCUGGCUGGGCCAACGCCAACGGCGAAGAUGUAGCCCUCAUCGACGCCAUUAUAAAACAAGUUGAGGAUGACCUCUGCAUCGACCAGAGCUCUCGUUUCGCGACAGGGUUCAGUUGGGGUGGCGGAAUGAGCUAUGCGCUUGCUUGUGCACGGGCAAAAGAGUUCAGGGCUGUGAGCGUGUUGAGUGGUGGCCUGAUUAGUGGGUGCGAUGGAGGAAAUGAUCCUAUUGCUUAUCUGGGUAUUCAUGGAAUUAGUGACCCGGUUCUGCCAUUUGACGGGGGCGUGACUCUGGCGAAUAAGUUUGUUGCGAAUAACGGGUGCCAGCCUGCGUACGUUGGUAGGCCCGGAUCUGGGAGUCACAGUUCGGUCCGAACGGAUUUUCAGGGGUGCUCUAAGCCUGUUUCGUUUAUUGCUUAUGAUGGUGGGCAUGAUGCUGCACCUCUUGGUGUUGGUAAUCCGCUGGCUCCAGAUGCCACGUGGAAGUUUUUCAUGGCUGCUUGA